UAAAUAACAGUGUUACCACAUUGGUAGAAAGUUUUUUUCGUCCGAAUGUAUCGUGGACGUAUGUACGACUUUGUGCAUACAUUUUGACGAUCGUAUCUACCUUGUAUACACCUGUAUGCACGCUAUAUUUCUGUGUUAUAUUAUUUGUGAUCAUACAAACUAUCGCUAUAAGUCGUAGAAGUUAUUUUAUUAGUACAACCAGAUUAAUAAAAGAAUAUAAUUUUGUGGAUAUGACAAUUGUAUUUUUUAGUGAAACAUCCGUUUUGUUACUACUUCUAUCAUUAUCAAUAUUCUUCAAAAAUACAACAGAUAUUACCACUUCUUUGUAUGGUGUAAAUGAAAUUAAUUGACAAUUUAAAAUGGCAAAAGACGAAGGAGAUGACCUUUUGCCAGACAAGGACGCGGCUAAAGGAUUUUACGCGAAAUACGAGCCCAAAGAAAUUCUUGGAAGAGGGAUAUCUUCAACUGUAAGAAGAUGUAUAGAAAAGGAAACUGGUAUAGAAUAUGCUGCUAAAAUUAUAGAUAUUAGCAAUGAAUCUCCAGAGGGGCAUACCAUGAAAGAUGCUACUUUACAGGAAGUACAAAUUUUGCGUAAAGUUGCUGGGCACCCUUAUAUUAUUGAACUACAUGAUGUAUUCGAAUCUAGCACAUUUAUAUUUUUAAUUUUUGAGCUAUGUAAGAACGGAGAAUUAUUCGACUACCUCACCUCAGUUGUAACACUGUCAGAAAAGAAAACACGUUAUAUCAUGAGACAAGUAUUUGAAGGAGUUUUACACGUGCAUAAUCAGGGUAUAGUUCAUAGAGAUUUGAAACCAGAAAAUAUAUUACUCGACGAUAACCUUAAUGUUAAAAUAACUGAUUUUGGUUUUGCGAGGAUGUUGAAGCCUGGAGAUAUUUUAUCCGAUCUGUGUGGAACACCAGGAUAUUUAGCGCCAGAAGUCUUGAAAUGCAACAUGUUUGAAAAUGCAGAAGGUUAUGGUUUCGAGGUUGAUGUAUGGGCUUGUGGAGUGAUUAUGUUUACCUUAUUAGUUGGUUGUCCACCGUUUUGGCAUCGAAAACAAAUGGUCAUGCUAAGGAAUAUAAUGGAAGGAAAGUAUUCUUUUACAUCUCCGGAAUGGGCAGACAUUACAGAGGCUCCUAAAGAUUUAAUAAAAAAAUUAUUAGUUGUUGAUCCAAAGAAAAGAAUAUCAAUAAAAGAAGCAUUGGAACAUUCUUUCUUCCAUACGGUGUUGUGGGAUCAAGACAUCGCCCCUCUAAAGCGUUCACUGUCAUCUAACUCACGACGUCUGAGUAGGAUAUCUCAAUUAGCUUUGGAAUUAAAAGCAAAAUCAUUUAAUGCGCGAAGAAGAUUUCAAUUAGCAAUCCUUUGUGUUCGAGCAGUGAUACGUAUUAAGCGACUUCACACUACGCCUGAACCUCUUUCAACUCAAGUGGCUUGUACUGACCCUUAUAGAAUAAAAAUCUUGCGGAAGAUUAUCGAUGGCUGUGCAUUCAGAGUUUACGGUCAUUGGGUUAAAAAGGGAGAAGGACAAAAUCGAGCAGCGCUUUUCGAAAAUGCACCAAAAACAGAACUAAAACAUCUUUACGUUAGUAAUUUAAGUAGAUAACCAAUGCUAUGUUAAGACAUUAGCUACAAUUGGUAUUCUAUAAUAUUUUAGUAAAUUCGUUUUUACAUUAGAGAAGAAGAGAUAUUAAUUUAAACAAAAAGA